GACAGAUUAAUCUUACAUGAUCCGCAAGUUCACGUCUGUGUUAAGUGAUAAUCUCACGUAGUGUAGUAUUCAUUUCUUCAAAAUACUUUUAAACGGCCAACCACCAAAUGUCAAAAAACAAACUUAACUUGACAUUACCACCUGGCUCAAUAGAACCGGUACCAGAAGCAUCUCCUUCACCACCGGUUCCACCUGCAUAUCCAGAACCUGCAGAGAUACCUGACGGCAUGAAAGAUACAUUGAAUAUUGAUACUCUUCAAGCAAGACUGGAAGAUCUGGAAAUGGACGAGGAACAAAAGAAACGACUAGAGAGUUUUUUGGGGCAAAAAGAAAAAGUUGGAGAACUAUGUGGCGAGGAUUUUGAAAAGUUAGGUGAAUUAGGUUCGGGAAAUGGUGGUGUUGUUACAAAAGUCAAACAUAAAAAAUAUGGUCUUAUAAUGGCAAUGAAGCAAAUACGGUUGGAAGUGAAGCCACCUAUCAAAAAGCAAAUAAUUAGAGAAUUAAAAGUCCUUCAUGAAUGUAACUUUGCACAUAUAGUUGGAUUUUAUGGCGCUUUUUGCAGUGGAGGAGACAUUUGUAUUUGCAUGGAAUAUAUGGACGGAGGAUCGUUAGACCUAAUAAUGAAAAAAGCAGGACGAAUUCCAGAAUCCAUGAUAAGUACAAUCACAUGUGCUGUUCUGAAAGGUUUAACUUAUUUACGAGAUAAGCACGCAAUAAUGCAUCGAGAUGUAAAACCAAGCAACAUCUUGGUGAACAGUGCGGGUGAAAUCAAGCUUUGCGAUUUUGGCGUUUCUGGACAACUGAUCGAUUCGAUGGCUCAUUCGUUCGUCGGCACACGAAGUUAUAUGUCGCCAGAAAGACUCCAAGGAUCACAUUACUCGGUGCAAAGCGAUAUUUGGUCGCUCGGUGUGUCACUCGUGGAAAUGGCUAUUGGAAUGUAUCCUAUUCCACCGCCGGAUGAUAAGCUUUUAGCUUCUAUAUUUGGUUCAGAAUGGAUACAACACGCCGGGGAGAAUCCGACAACAGUCAGCGAGUCUUCUACGCCGCCUCCACGACCACCGACGAGACGUUGUACACACACACCAAAACCACUAGCAGUGUUCGAGUUAUUGGAAUUGAUAGUCAACGAACCACCGCCGAGACUACCGUCUGGAUUAUUCAGCAACGCUUUCAUUGAUUUUAUCGAUCAAUGUCUAAAAAGGAAUCCCAACGAUAGGGCAGAUUUGAAAACAUUGACGAAUCACGAAUGGAUAAAGAAAGCUGAAUCGGAAAAUGUAGACCUUGCUGGAUGGGUAUGUCGAACGAUGGACCUACAACCGUCUACGCCAACGCACUUAUCGACCGUGCAAUCCUGAAUAAAUGUAACUCUUACAUACUUGACUACAUAUAUUCGCGUUCAGUACUCCUAAGUUACGCCUUGGUUCAUCUAGGUUUUCAUUCGACCAAACAGUGGCGUAUAUAUCCCACAUGUUUCCUCCCCUAUCAAUAUCUUUUUACAAAAUUAAUAAGUUACGUUUUUGGUAAGUACGCCAAGUCCGUAUCUAAUGAACACCGUAUCACUAUCGAGCGUUAUGCGAAUGAUUACACGCAUUUUAUUUAUGAAAGUAGUAAGGAAUCCAAUUGAUAUCACAUUGUUAUGCAUCUUGACCAUUUUCUUGAUUUUUACAGGGAGAAACGACUACAUUAUAAUGUGUAUGAUAAUUUGUUAAGUAUCACCGUGAUAUAUAGGUGAAACACUCGUUUUUUAAACAGGAUGCGUUAUGUUUCGCUCGGACUUUGCUUGUCCAGAUAAUAUAUACACGCAACACGCCACUGUGCCAAAUAUUAAUUACAUUCAUAAGAUUCACUUUACGUGUUUAUCUUAUGCUUCUGUUAAAAGUAUGUAAGAUGACAAAUUGCAAUAUAAGUUUAUUAUUACAUUCAUGGGCAAAUUGUGUUCCCCCGUGAUAUGAUAUUAGGAUGCGCGAAUGAGCAUAAACUACGAACGUCGUUUGAGAAAAUUAAUUAGAUCGAGUUAUUUGUAUAAGAUUUGUACCUGACAUCUAUAGAAAUGUUAUUUACAUGAUCAAAAAUUUCAUCUUUAAUCAUGUUAAAUCGUUUUUGUAUCAAUGCAUAACUUUGAUUAAACACGCGCGGUUGCCUUCUUUAUUUUCAAUCACUCGCACGCGCGUUAACACAUACGAAUUAAUUUCAAUCGCGCGCGCGCGCGCGCACAUCACUCCCCCCUCCCUACACACACACAUACGCGCGCGCGCAAAAACAUAAGACACAAAA